AUGGAUUCCGGCUGGCCCAAUCUUCCAGGCUUUCUCGCCAAGGAACAUAUGCUUCUUGAAAGCGAAAAAAUCAUCAGGCCAGCUGCAAACGACCAAUUGGCUCAAAUCAGCAAAAUAUCCAUCCCAGGCUCCGCAAGGAGACUUGAAGAUGUUCUCGAAGACGCAAAGGAGAUCUUCUCACUCGGCUUUCGAGUCGGCAACCCGCGAUUCUUCUCGUUUGUUCCCUCCCCGGCUUCACCCUGGUCUUGGGUCGGAGACAGUUUAACAUCCGCGUACAACCCAUUCGGUGGGUGUUUCGAAGCUGCGUCGGGCGUUUGUCAAGUGGAAGAAACCUUAAUUGCCUGGGUCGCAGAGCAAUUUGGGCUUCCGAAAACAGCCGGAGGACAGUUUGUAUCUGGAGGCUCAAUAGCGAAUUUGACUGCCUUGACAGUCGCUCGCGAUCAGCUUUUAGAGGAUGGCGAGGCGCGACUUAAGGGUGUUGCAUACAUUUCAAGCCAGACUCACUUCUGCAUCAAAAAGGCACUGAAGAUCAUGGGCCUCUCAGAUCACCAGGUCCGGGUUAUUGAUGUCGAUAACAAUUUUUGCAUCAAUACAGCGCUUCUUGAAAAAGCUAUCCUAAAUGACAUUGACUCGGGCCUCAAACCGUUCGUCGUCAUUGCUACCUGUGGAACCACCAACACGGGGAGUAUCGAUCCCCUGGCUGAGAUCUCAGCCAUUACCAAAACAUAUGGCAUGUGGAUGCACGUCGACGCUGCGUUCGGUGGUUCUGUGGCCUUUUCAUAUUCCCGGCGCGAUGUGAUCUCAGGAAUCGGCCAAGCAGACAGCAUCGCAUGGGAUGCGCAUAAAUGGCUUUUCCAAACACACGGUUGCGGUGCUGCGAUCUUCCGCGAAAAAUUCAAAGCCCUCAAGAGCUUCGCGUCAACGGCCACAUACGUGCAAGACGUUGACGAGUGCGCGGACCAAAAUCCAUGGAACUACGGGAUUGAGCUCACUCGACCGGCUCGGCAUAUGCGAUUGUGGUUUUCCUUACAAGUCAUGGGCAUGGAAAUGAUCGACCAGAUGAUAUCGCAUGGCUUCGCAAUCUCUGAAUAUGCGGAAGAGGAGCUAAGGAAAUGCAGCGGCUGGGAGAUCCUAUCUUCAAGCUCCCUGGCCAUCCUUAAUUUCCGCUUUGCACCUCUAGGCUUGAAAGAGCCGACUCUGGAUGCCAUCAACACUCAAAUAUCUUCCCAGUUGAUGGCCCGUAACGUGGCUGUUAUUUUCACAACGAAACUCAAUGGGAUGGUUUCUCUGCGCAUGUGCACCAUUAACCCUGAAACGACCCGAGAUGAUAUUGCGGAUGUUGUCAAGGCACUGGAUGAUGCUGCAAAGGAAAUUCUCACGCAAAUUGGAUUGAACGGAGUCUGA